AUGACUGACGAUGAGGUGUUUCUCCUCCAGGUAUACUCUGAUCUCGGAGAUGCCAUCUUUGAUUUUGACGCUAUUGUGGAUGAUCCGCAUAUCUCUGCCGAUGAAGACGUUCAGGCCAUCUCCCCAGAAGCCGACUAUGUCAACACUUUGCACACGUUACCAAACAAGCCCAGGAUCUAUAGGAAACCCAAUCGAAAAGGCGAAACGGACAAAUCGGUCUGGGGUCGGUGCUGCAAAUGCGAGAACUGCGGGGUGAUCAUCAGCUGGUCGAAGUGCAGGUUUUGCCUCCACAGUCGGUGCGGGUGGUAUGAGUAUUCGGAGGAGGGCACGACUUUGGACGGAGAGGAUGGCGGUGAAACAUGGACGAUUUCAGCGAGCUUUACCAAGAUGAAAGAGUUAUCUGGAGAGAUAGGGCUGGAAGUGGAAGCGCUGGUCGCCAACAGAACUUUGACCUCGCAGCAAAGUGAGAGGAUCGUUGAGGCUCUCCAUGCAUUGAAUCUGUCCUUGUCGGAAGCGGAAGAGGAAGAUGACGGGAAGUGA